CAGUAGGCGAAGUGGCAGUAGGCUUGGGACUGGUGGUUGUCCCUUUUGCCUAUGGAGCAUGCAGCAGCCUCAGCCUCAAUUCCCAGGCCAGGGGCCCCAUCUCGGGCCAUUGAAAAUGUUCUGCCACGGGCCAAGGACUGGCUGCCAGGAGUCCCUGGGGGUGCCCCAGCCUGGGCCACCAGCCUUGAGACAGAGCUUCCCUCAGAUUUAGAGCUGAGUGAGGAACAGCGACUGCAGGUCUGCAAGGAGAUGGUCGACCUGCAGAUCAGAACCCAUCACCUACAGGAGCAGCACGAGGCUGAAAUCUUUGAGCUGAAGAGUGAGGUCCUGUGGCUGGAGAGCCGGGUACUGGAGCUGGAGCUGCACGGAGAGCAGGCAGCCCCAGCAGAGGCUAAUGCAGGGCACUGCCAGGCACUGACACAGGAGCUCGGGUGCAAGGCCUGGGUGCAGGGACAGUCUGAUCACCACAGACACCAGGCACAGCCCAAGGACAUCCCGACCCCUAAGAAGCAGCAGCAGAAGCUGGGGAACAGCCUGCAGGGAGAAGUAAAGCAGGUGCUGGAGCAGCAAAGGGCUCAGCAGCAGGCACUGGAGAUGCGUGUGGCAGCCCUGGGCCAGCAGCUGCAGGGAGCCCAGGAGGAGGCCAGGACAGCUGGACAGCGACUGGCUGCACAAGCCAUGGUGAGGCCUAGGCCUGCUUGUUUGAGACCUGGUGGGUGUGAGUUCUACAAGCUCAACAAAGGUCCACCUUGUGGGACAUGGGUUCAGGGGCGCCUCCUCCCCCAGGUGUUGUCAGCCUGCCAGGGCCAGCUCAGCCAGGCUGAGGCGGAGAAUGCCCGGCUACAGCUGCAGCUCAAGAAGCUGAAUGAGGAGUACACCAUUCGGCUGCAGCACUGUGCCCGAGUCGUGACUGAGCAUGCAGAUGGUGGAGGCCAGACGCCUGCCGCCACAGUCCUUCGGAGAUUCCUGGAGACCACUCUGGAAGACAUUCGGGCGGCAUACCACAGUCGUGAGCAACAGCUGGCCCAGGCUGCUCGUGCCUACCGCAAGCGCCUGGCAGAUCUGAGCCGUAGGCAUGAGGAGCUGCUGGCUGCCCACAGUGUGCAGCAGGCACUGGCAGACCCCGAUGGGGCCCCCAAGGCUACCUUUGGUGCAGCCACCUUGGACCUGGAGCCGCUGCCCCUUCCUGAGGUCACCAAGCUCGGCCACCCACAGGAGGACCAGGCUAGGCUGGAGACAAAGUUCCGGGAGCUCCAGGCCCAGAAGGGACCAGGUGAAACCUCCCAGCGGGGCACAUUAGAGCCACAGGGCCUGGAAGCUGCAUCCUGGGCCCAGAUAAACCAGAAGCUACAGGACUUCUCCCGUGGCACUCAGGCAGAACUGGAACGGGAGCGGGCACAGCUGCUGGUCCGGGCCACAAUGGCUGAGGAGCAACUUUCUGAGCUACAGGAGUACGUGGACCAGCACCUGGGCAGCAGGUACAAGCAGGAGAUCCUGAGGCUGAGGAAGCUGGUGGGGUCAGGGAAUCCCUGGAAAGUGGGGACCACACCUCCAGUCAAGCCCCAGCGCCCAAGGACCCGUAGCCGCUAACUGUUCAUCAGAUAAACUUCGAG